GCACACUAAGGUACAAUUGAAUCCUACUAUUCCUGCACUCCAGUUCAGAACCCCGAUUCAAAAUUAUGCCUAUGCCUCAUUCACCAUCUAUUUCACAGGCGGCCUUGGUCGUGGGCUGAAGAGUUCUUAUACACAGUUUCAUUUUCUAAUUUACAUGAGAAGUGAUUACUGGUAGAGGCAAGCCUGACUAUCUACGAAAAAGGAACCAGAGUCAUGAGGCAUUUAUUCGUGCUGUUCACGUGUGGGGCAGAGUAAGGCUAUAGAUACCCGUUCCUUCAAAGGGCUAGACCUCCAGGUGGUUGGGUCAUACAGCGAUAUAUUGAAGGCGACCACGACGCAACCAAGGACCUUCUGGGUGACUACUUACACUGGAGACGACACGAAACCAGUUUUUUUUCUGCGAAGCGAACAAAAUAUUUCAAGAAACGGUGCCUCACGACAUCAACCUCCUUGUGCCGUAUUGAAGGGUCACUACAGCGUCUACUCGCAAGGAUAACUACAGUAAGGAUGGUGUCCGUACGUGCAGCGACGAUCCACGAUCUGAUGGGGAUGCAGGCAUGCAACCUGUUCUGUCUGCCAGAAAACUAUCAUUAAGGGUAGGUUAAAGGUGCUUUUAUUACCGCUUUUUAUGCCUCUCUCCCUUAGGAAGAGAAAGGCAUAACAAGCGGGGUAAGCGAGCACCAAAAGCCUACCUCUAAUAUCAGAUGAAGUACUACCUGCUGCACAUGCUCAGUUGGCCGUCAUUACUCUAUGUGGCAGAGGAAAUGUGCUCCAAAAAGAUCGUUGGAUACGUGUUGGCGAAGAUUGAUGAAGAUUCAGAGGGGGUACUUACACAUUUUUGAGGGAGGAUGCUGUGUUUGGAUAAGGAUGCUAGUCUUUAAUGCUCCUGAAGCACAACUUCUAGUACGAGUGGAUCGAUUAUGAGAGGCAGCUUUCUUUUCAUCCUACACUAAAUGAUGAGUCAAUUGCGAAAUUCUUACCUACUUUAUCUGAAAGUAGGUGAAGAAUAAAAGCUUUGGAGACCUUCUGAUAGCCUGGGAUGGAGCCUAUGGCGUGAAAAAAGAUUGAGUCAAUUUACAAAACUACAUUACAACUACUUGGGUAAAUGAAUGAAUGAAUGAAUGAAUGAAUGAAUGGGAUGCCAAUCAAUCAAUACUCAGCGCGAUGCCAUUGUUCACGACAUCAAGAGCCCCACUUCAAGCCUUUAAAACCUUCCUACAACUUGGGAUGCCAAUCAAUCAAUACUCAACGCGACGCCAUUCACGGCAUCAAGAGCCCCACCAACCCUUCAAGCCUUUAAAACCUUCCUACAACUUGGGAUGCCAAUCAGUCAAUACUCAACGCGACGCCAUUAAUCAAUCAAUACUCAACGCGACGCCAUUCACGACAUCAAGAGCCCCACCAACCCUUCAAGCCUUUAAAACCUUCCUACAACUUGGGAUGCCAAUCAGUCAAUACUCAACGCGACGCCAUUAAUCAAUCAAUACUCAACGCGACGCCAUUCACGACAUCAAGAGUCCCACCAACCCUUCAAGCCUUUAAAACCUUCCUACAACUUGGGAUGCCAAUCAGUCAAUACUCAACGCGACGCCAUUCACGACAUCAAGAGCCCCACCAACCCUUACUCAGCGCGACGCCAUUCACGACAUCAAGAGUCCCAGUUCAAGCCUUUAAAACCUUCCCUCCACAUCGAUUGCCCAAGAGCCCCACCAACCCUUCAAGCCUUUAAAACCUUCCCUCCACAUCGAUUCCGCAAGAGCCCCACCAACCCUUCAAGCCUUUAAAACCUUCCCUCCACAUCGAUUCCGCAAGAGCCCCACCAACCCUUCAAGCCUUUAAAACCUUCCCUCCACAUCGAUUCCGCAAGAGCCCCACCAACCCUUCAAGCCUUUAAAACCUUCCCUCCACAUCGAUUCCGCAAGAGCCCCACCAACCCUUCAAGCCUUUAAAACCUUCCCUCCACAUUGAUUCCUCAAGAGCCCCACCAACCCUUCAAGCCUUUAAAACCUUCCCUCCACAUCGAUUCCGCAAGAGCCCCACCAACCCUUCAAGCCUUUAAAACCUUCCCUCCACAUCGAUUCCGCAAGAGCCCCACCAACCCUUCAAGCCUUUAAAACCUUCCCUCCACAUCGAUUCCGCAAGAGCCCCACCAACCCUUCAAGCCUUUAAAACCUUCCCUCCACAUCGAUUCCGCAAGAGCCCCACCAACCCUUCAAGCCUUUAAAACCUUCCCUCCACAUCGAUUCCGCAAGAGCCCCACCAACCCUUCAAGCCUUUAAAACCUUCCCUCCACAUCGAUUUUCCACAGAUCCACGGCCACAUAACGUCAUUAUCGGUUUUGCGGUCAUAUAGGAAACUAGGCUUGGCGACGAAGUUGAUGCGGAAUACACUGGAAGCGAUGAGGGAGGUCUACGAUGCGGAAUUUGUGUCGUUGCACGUGCGAGUUUCAAACAGAGCAGCAUUUACCCUCUAUAGGCAUGUUCUUGGGUACUAAGAAAUUAUUCCCCUGAAGAUCAUGUGGCUUAUGCAUGUCGCUUAUGCUUAUCAUAAGGUUGGUAUUCGUAUCCCUGAUCUGAGUUGAAUACUGAUUUGAGUUGAUACUGUUAUGUACUGGUGACUUGUUUGAAUUUACUACAAUGUACUAUUGUUAUGCCUACUACGAGUGCUUCUACUUACCUCCCUCACUCACUCCCUCACUGCCUCAAACAGCUUCGAAAUCCACGAUGUGGAGAAGGGUUAUUACGCGGAUAAGGAAGACGCCUACGAUAUGAGGAAAGAAUUGAAAGCUAAUUCGCAAGUUAACAAAAAGAAGAAGCAAACCGACGAUAACGAAGCGGCAGCAAACGCGUUAGAGGACUUGAAGUACUAACAAUUGUUCUAGAGGUUUUAGUUAUGGAGUUGGAAUUAUUUUCUUUUGAGGCUUCUUCUUCUUGGGGGAACAAAUUGGACUGUGCGCAAACAAUCCAGCCAGUCACAUCCCCAAUCAAUGUUUCCUCGCCUUGUCCUACGCUCUUCUACCUCAUGAAUGGUCACGAGCCCAUCAAUCGCCCCUCUACCUCAUGAAUGAGCCCAUCAAUAUCAAUCACUUCCUCAACCUCGUGUUCUCAGGGAAACGAAUUUCACAGACGGUGCGAAAAAAGCCGCGGAAGCAGAGGAAGAUGCAGAGGAUGGCCCGGAAACUAUGGCCGAAGAUAAUUUAGAAAAAGUGGAGGCCACCGCAGGCGCCAGUCCAGAAGCCAACAGUGCCGGCAACGGAGCCGGUAAGAAAACAAAGAAGAAGAAGUAGAUCAUGUCCAGAAGCCAACAGUGCUGGUAAGAAAAAAAAGAAGAAGAAGAAGUAGAUCAUGAUGAUGACGAUGGCGAUUCAUAUGAUUUAUACUUUGCCUUGAUGGAUUCAAACGCAAGCAUUGGACGACUAGUUUCAAUGAAGAUUCGCCCACGAUCAUUUACUUACACAUCAAACGAAAAUAUAGCGACUGCUUACUCAAGACAUUGCAAGAACUGUGUGAAGGCAGACUACUCUUCAUGACCUAAAGGACGGGGUCUACAGUUUCAGAUACGAUCAAGUUUCAUGAGGAGAUCAACUCAGUACUACCCGCGCAACCCCUUCAAUACUCGCAUUACCCGGAUCAGUAAGUUAGAUUUCCCACGGGGAGGUUGUACGCCAAUGCU